CUGGUGAUUGGCUGGCUGCUAAAGGAAGGCGUAGAAGAAGACAGCAGUGACCAUAAACACGAACAAGCUAGCAUGACCGUGAGGUAGAGACAGCGUAACAAAACAGAGAAAGUGUGACACUUUCGAUAAAGGACUUUAUGUUUGUCUGUUUGGUGACGUCCAUCUUGAUGUAAUGCUGUCACAGCUUUGUGUUUCGCCAGUUUGAAGACAUGUCCCGCCUUCUCCCGCUCAGCAGCUGCAUGUACAGCGUGUCCAGUCGGCUGUUAUGGAGCGGCUCACCCUGUAGCUCUCCCCUGCUGACACCGAGCUCAGCCGGGCUGCUGUGUGUUUGGACAGCCGGUAAAAAGGACCUGAUAGACCUUCCUGCCCUGAACGAGGACGAGCUUGAGGAACAGUUUGUGAGAGGAUCCGGACCAGGAGGACAGGCCACCAACAAAACCAGCAACUGUGUUGUACUCAAGCACAUCCCAACUGGGAUUGUUGUGAAGUGCCAUCAAACCAGAUCUGUGGAUAUAAAUCGAAAGCGUGCUCGGGACAUCAUGAGAGAGAAACUUGAUGUGCAAUAUAAAGGAGAACUCAGUGAAGUUCUGGUGAAGAAGAAAGAGUCUGAACUGAGAAAACAAGAUAAGAGGAGGAAGGCAAAUGAUAAUCUUGAGAGAAAAAGACUGUUUAAAGAAGCGCUGGCUGCAGACUCUAAACCUGGAAAUGACACUGUGUAAAAUGUUUGUGUGGAAUAUAAGAUCAAGACUUAAAUAAAGGAAAGCUCCCGUCAUCAAGCUUGCAAAGACUGAAUAACAACCUGAAAACACACUGUCAACAUUAUCAAAUCCAGUUAGCCUUUUGUUUAAAGCAUGUUUCAUAGAUAUAGGGAUAUUUUUAAUAAAAUAUUAUCAAAAAAUGUUGGUGAUGUGUAGUACAUAUUUCAGUGUUGAAGGCGGUUCUCUCUAAAACAGCAUUCACUGCACAGAUUGUAAAGCCAUGGGCGAUGUGAUUGUGAUUUUGGGCUAUGUAAAUAAUAAUUUGAUUUAUAUGUUUUAGGUCUAAGGAGACUUUUCCUGUAGGCAAAGGUGUAAUCAGACUUAGAUACCUAUUUGUUUAAUUCCAGCAUGCAAUGACAUCAUUUUGCCUUGCUCAUUUCCUGUUUAAGUUAUGUUGCGGUCUCAUUUUCAAUGCUGAAUGCAUCAUAAAACUCUGAAAAAACAUA